GUACCGGCCGGUUUUAUGAAACGGCAUCGUUUUUGCAUUUUGUUUCAAAAAGGAAAGAGCCAGGUUCUCGUCCUCAGUCACCUGAAGGCUGAAACCCUUGCCUCCCUCUCGAGCCCCAUUCCUGAUUCCUCAUUCUCGUACAUAAUCUCAUUAUUUCUGUCCAACACAACCCUAGUCUCAUUGCGCCGCCGUUGGUCUCACCGUCGCCGCCUGGUUCGUCGUGGUCGUUCGCCAAUCCUCCUGUUUCGUCGUGCUCGAAGGCCCUUCCAUUCCCCCAACCCCAGCGUCUCCAGGUCCUGCUCCGCCGUCGUCCCUCUGUCGUGUUCGUCGCUAGCUCCCCGUCGUCCGUCGCCAGGUUCCCGUCGUCUGUGGCUCUCCCUCAAAUCUCUGGUCACUGCCCUCGCUGAAG